AAUGCGCAACCCAUCCGACAUCUUGACAUGAAGUACCCUUUUUUCUGAUUACUCGAAGGGGAUUACAAGCGUUCCAGCUUGUCGACGGUAUUUAUAUCGUUUCCUUCGUAGAUGCGCGAACGCUGGAGACGACAAGUUGGGAUGAAGAAAUUUCGGUGUUGUGCCGCGGCAGGCCGGCACGUUCAACGCCCGCCAUUAGGGGAAGUCGAAGGUCCCGGCGGCCAGCUGCACCUACUCGAUCCGCAUGGACCUACCAUCUCCUCGCGAGCUCGAGCUCGAAACCGCUCUUCGAGAACGGAACGUGCAAGUCGCCCAACUCUCUGAUGAAAUAACCCGUUUGCGAGCUUAUGUUUCCUCGUCUUCGUCAUCUGCCGCGACGACGGAGCACACGGAUGCGACCACAGCGACUAUACCGCCUCAGCUGAUGGCGCUGCUGCUGCCCCACAUCCAACCAGAGGCGGGGUCGGGAUCCAGCAGUGUAACCUCCGCUCUGACCCAGAGAGUCAAGGGCCUUCAGGAGGAGAAUGACGAGCUGUAUGAUAUCCUCAAACAAGGCGAGACGGGCCGUCUCAAAGAGGAGGUGCACAGUCUCAGACGGGUGGUACGAAAACUCGAAGAUGCACUCGGUGAAUCACACAAAGUCGUCCUCUCGCUCUCCACAGAACUAGAUAAAACCUACGACGCCCUCAAGCCCCAGCACCACUCGCCACGGAAUUCCGCUAAUGCGAAUAAUGCUUACCACCGUAAUGGGACGGCGUCGCCAACACAAUCGAAACAGCCUCCGACAGGUCCGCGCGCACACACGCACAAGAAGCCGCGUGUAUCAGAGCCCAGGCGGCGCGAGGAGAGCCGUGGACGGAGCGGUCAUCAUCGCAGUGGCAGCAAGAUGGACGUUGACGAUGACCGGCGGGAUAGGGACGACCGCGACGGCAACAGGUCAAGAAAGAGCGUGCAUGUCAACCAGCCGACAGGGGGAAGCUCGGGAGGCCAUGGUCAUGGUCAUCACAGAGGCGGUAGUAGCAGCAGACGCACCGGCUCUAGCGAUCGGACGUUGGCAGAGCGUAUGGGGGUUCCCACUCGCUUUUGAUCAUUCGUUUCGUUUCUGUUCUUUUCUUUUCUUUCUUCUAUGGAUGGACACUCGUACAUAUAUAAUCCGGUAUGAAAUCUCUCAACUCAUCCCUUUUUGUAGCCCUAGCUGACGUCUUCUGUAGUAUGAAU